AUGGUUAUUAUAAAUUGGAGCAGGGAAGAAUGGAGGCAAGGCAGGGGAAGUGGUGUGGGCAGUGGGUGUGGUGAGGCGAUCGUUGGUGGGAAGGAGGUGUGGUCCAAAGGUGGUUUGAAUAGCACAGGUGUGCAACAGAACAGUUGCCUCACCACCACUACCUCUCGUGUCAACAUAGUCCUCUAUUCUGACAAUCGAGUCAAUCAUCAGCGAAUCGCUAGGUCGUCGGGCCGAUCAGACAACAGAUUCUUGCAUUCUCCUCCAAAUCACAUCCCGGCACAGCCACUCGAAUAUGUCUCUGCGGUCCGUAUGAUAGUCAUCACCAUUUAUUGCAUGCCAAAUUCGCCAAUUCAUCGGUGCAGUAGUCAGAGGCGCCUUGGUGCCGAAGCCGAGUUUCUUUGCAUACUCCACGAAGAGAUUUAUGCCGCUUCUCUCCCUCCCCUCCACAUCGUCCACAAUCGCAAUUGCAAGUGUAUGUUGAGGCGUCAAGAGGCGCAGUAA